UGACUGGACGAAACCUACUGACAGAUCCCCGGUGGGGAAGCACUCAGAUGUCAGGUUUCUAUGGUGAUUUAUCUGGACAAGAUUGGUUGAAUCGUCAAGCUCUGCUUCAACCACCAGAUUUUCUAAGAUUGAAYAUCAAGAAGUGGUCAGGUCAACUGCCACGGAGAAGCUACAAGAACACAAGCUACUCAUCCAAGGUGUUUCUAGGUGGUGURCCAUGGGAUAUCACAGAAGCCUCGUUGUUGCUGUCUUUCAAGACUUUUGGUAACGUAAAGAUCGAAUGGCCUGGGAAAGCUGAUGGACGACAUCUCCACCAUCCACCAAAAGGAUACGUGUACCUGAUAUUUGACUCUGAGAAAUCCGUUAAAGCUUUGCUCGCAUCUUGCACACAUGACUUCACAAAUGGAGGAGACUGGUACUUUAAGAUAUCCAGCCGAAGAAUGCGGCUCAAAGAGGUUCAAGUGAUUCCAUGGGUCCUGUCUGAUACUAAUUAUGUCCGUGGUCCACAYCAGAGACUGGAUACGAGCUGGACUGUGUUUGUUGGUGGUCUUCAUGGCAUGUUGAAUGCAGAGGGACUUGCAUACAUAAUGAAUGAUUUGUUUGGCGGCGUGGUGUAUGCUGGUAUAGAUACAGAUAAGCACAGGUAUCCCAUCGGCUCUGGAAGGGUGACAUUUGAUAAUCACAAGAGUUUUAUGAUGGCUGUCAGGUCCGGAUUUAUUGAAAUAGAGACUCCAAAAUUUACCAAAAAGGUUCAAGUUGAUCCGUACCUUGAAGAYUCUCUSUGUGAAACAUGUCGUGCGACACAAGGUCCUUUCUUCUGCCGUGAAGAAACGUGCUUUAAGUAUUACUGCCAUUCCUGCUGGAUGUGGCAUCAUUCUAUUGAAAGUUACCGCGAACAUCGACCCCURACUCGUACUAGUAAGACUGCUAGCUCACCCUUCUAAAGAGCAUGAGCAAGAGAGCAGUAUAUACCACAUGGAGCAAGAGACUACGAUAUGGUUAAGUCGGUGCUUUGUAUUAGAUUUUGAUAACGGUUCAAGUUAAUGUUGAUUGGURACCCCCUUCGGUAUUCGUAAGAAACACAGGGUAUAGGUGUGAUAUUUUAGAACUAAUUGCCAAUAUUUUUCGAGUGGUUAGUGGAUUAGUUGUCCCGCAAUUUAUUGGUGGUGUAAUUAGUUUAGUUUGCAAACCGUACAGUAAUCCAGUUGCCGGUAAUUCACUCAGUUCAKMUAAUGUACCUCAACUUUUGCAGYGUUGGACCAUUUCUGAGUAGAAUGCCUUUCACCGGCCCGAACAAGUGAAUAUUCGUACUGAAUAUUUUCAAAUAAUUGUACUGAAAUAGGUGGUCUUAAUGUGCUAAUUUUUUAACGUCAUCUUUCCAAUUACAGGCGUCGAAGCCUAUCGUCAAUUCAGAGCUGGUCUUACUUGUUUUUCAAUAACUGUAAAUAAAAGUCUGAAGUGUUUUUUAAAUAAGACCACGACAAGGUAGUUUUUAAUAUAUUUAUCAGGCUGUAAGCGGCCCGCAAAGAAAUCGAUCUCUCAUUUAUACUUCAUUUAUUGUAUUGACUUGAACGGCUCAUUUUCGAGUUGUCACGUGACUUCGCUUAGUUUUGCGUGAUCAGUAUUACGCACAUGCAAAAAAGAAAAGAGAAAGGAACGAAUAAAAGAUAUGUAGACGAUAUUAAUGAGAGGUCACUCGAACAAAGCUGYUCUUUUCUAUGUUCAAGAAAUAGCUUUUUGAUUUUGUUGCUGUUAGGUUUUCUUCUAUUAAUGUGUGAAUAGUUGGCAGUUGUUUUAAUGUGCGAGCAUUUGAUAUUUAUUGUCUUUGAAUGUAUUUUAGCUUUUUCAUAAUUUAUUCAAUUUGUAAUUAAUUUAUGAGCUGAAUUGAAGCUUGAACCUUCUCAAUGUGGAGUGCGGCGUUUUAGUAGAAAGGAAAAGUGAAUUUCCAGUUUGUGAAUGGAAGCUUAGAGGAAAUAGAAUGAGUARUSAAAAUGGGAAGGCUCAGCGUCRUCAGGUUAAAAAUAUUGUUUUAAUAAUUGAUUGAUGAUUGAUCUCAUUUGAGAUAGAAGCACCGAUGUUUUACUUUUAGAUUCUCAAUUGUUAUUUUUUUUCUUUACUUCAUUAGCUAUUAAGGUGUGUUUGAUUUAUAAAAUAUGAAAAAUAAUUAAAAAAAGAUUUAUUGAAGAAAUAAUAUAUAACUUUGAAAAAUAAUGCAAAUAUGAGCUGUAACGCGACUCUGGAYAGAGUUCUGUUUUUAUUAUAUGAAUAAAGUUGAGUUUUUCAACUCCA